UGGGCUGGCAAGGUGAACUACAUGGAAGUCAUUGAGCGAAUGGAGUUUGAUGGGAGGAGUCUAAACCAGGGUACCGCUCCUUCAGCAUCAUUCAGCAUCUUUCCUGAGGAACAUCUCAAGGAGCUCCUGGUUUGCAAUGAAUGGAACCAAGUACCUGUAUGCUACCUGAAACAGGAGAAAGUUAAGUUUACCAUCAGCGGCAUUUCCCUUAUAAAACCCUACGGAUUAUGAAUCUGAAUGAAUUGUUGGAGACACUUUAGGACUCGACAAGAACUAUAUCAUUUUGAGAGAACAGUGUCAGUAACAUUUCGUCUUUCGAACUCUGCCUUUCUGAGGAUGCCGGUUUCGAAAACGGAAGAACCAAAAAAUGCUGGACAACCCAGUGGCCUGCCGAAACUCCCUGUUCCCCCACUGAAAGAAACACUGGAAAUGUAUCUAAAGUGUAUGAGUCACCUCAUACCAGAGGACCAGUUCAAAAACACAAAGAGUAUUGUGGAGAAAUUUGGAGCACCUGGCGGAGUGGGAGAAUUGCUUCAGAAGAAGCUACUAGAGAGACACAAAGAGAAAGACAAUUGGGUGUAUGACUACUGGCUUGAAGAUAUGUAUUUGAAUAACAGGCUAGCACUACCUGUCAACUCCAGUCCUGUUAUGGUCUUUCCAGAGCAAAACUUCAGAGGACAAAAUGAUGUCCUCAGCUAUGCUGCCCAUCUCAUUUCUGGUGUAUUAAAGUAUAAAUCUCUCAUUGAUAGUAAUAACCUCCCUGUAGAAGAGGGUCGUGGGCAGCAGGCUGGAAAAACUAUGUGUAUGGAUCAGUACAAAAAGGUCUUCACCUCCUACCGUCUGCCAGGGCCAAAAACUGACAAUCUAGUUGUUCAUAAGAGUACUGAAAGGCCUGAUCCAGAACAGAUCAUAGUGGCUUGCAAGAAUCAGUUUUUUGCUUUGGAUGUGGGGAUAAACUUCUGCCAACUGAGUGAAAAAGACCUCUACACUCAGCUGGAGCGUAUCAAAAAGAUGGCAGACAGUGAGGAGGAGCGCCAACCUGCUAUUGGUCUGCUUACAUCAGACGGCCGAACGCAAUGGGCCAAGGCUCGCAGCGUACUGAUGCAAGAUUCUACCAACAGGGACUCUCUAGACAUGAUUGAGCGCUGUCUGUGCCUGGUGUGUUUGGACGACCCGUCUGGCAUUGAAUUGACCGACAGCAACCGCGCCUCACUGAUGCUUCACGGAGGGGGCAAGGAUAAGAAUGGGGGAAACCGCUGGUACGACAAGCCCAUGCAGUUUGUAAUAGGUGCAGAUGGAUGCUGUGGCGUUGUCUGUGAACAUUCACCUUUUGAGGGAAUCGUGCUUGUGAAAUGUACAGAAUAUCUACUGAGCUACGUCAGCAGCUCAUCUAGGCUGGUGAGGGCAGCCAGCGUGAGUGAGCUUCCUGCCCCUAAACGUCUGCGCUGGAAAUGUUCCCCAGAAAUUCAUGCCUUACUCACUGACGCAGCAGAUAAAUUACAAAGACUCGUCCAGAAUUUGGAAAUGAAUGUCUACCAAUUCAACAGUUAUGGCAAAGACUUCAUCAAGAAACAGAAAAUGAGCCCUGACGCUUUUGUUCAAGUUGCCCUGCAGUUAACAUAUUACAGACGUCAUGGAUGUCUAGUGCCCACCUAUGAGAGUGCAUCAAUACGUCGCUUUCAAGAGGGACGAGUUGACAACAUCCGCUCUUCCACACCUGAGGCUCUAGCCUUUGUUAAAGCUAUGAGCAAUAGCUCCAACUUCACUGAUGCUGAGAAAAUGGAAAAGUUUAAAACUGCAAUUGAAGCCCAGAUCAGUUAUACACGUCUGGCAGUGGCAGGCAAUGCAAUAGACAAUCACUUACUGGGGCUACGAGAAGUUGCCAAGGAGCUGAAAAUUGAGACGCCAGAGUUGUUUACUGAUCCGACCUAUCUCACCAGCAUCCAGUUCAUGCUCUCCACAAGCCAGGUGCCAACCACUGAGAAGAUGUUCUGCUGCUAUGGUCCAGUUGUCCCUAAUGGCUAUGGCGCCUGCUACAAUCCUCAGGCAGACCACAUCAUCUUCUGCGUGUCAAGCUUUAAUGACUGUGCAGAGACCAACUCAGAUUUGUUUGUGAAGACUCUUGAUGGGUGCCUGAUGGAAAUGCAAGAUCUAUGCAGAAAAUGGAACACUCAAGCUACACCAGAAAAGAAGGAGGGAACUCCCAAGCUAAUGAAGAAUGGUAGAAAGUCAUAGUAAGAAGUAAGAAUGACACUGGAUCAUCCAACAUCGUUUAUAAAAUUGUAACGAUGUGACUGUGCAGUAUACAGUUGGGAUUUUAGGAAUCUGUGGGCUUGAUAAAGGAUUGUAAGGCUUACUACUCAUAUAAACAUAUGCAUAUUUGGGUUUUAAAGAAUACAGGACAUGUUGAGAAGAUGAUUGUAAAUUAUGGCUAGUUGUAUGUGUACAGAACAACCCAGAUAACAGAAAACAAUUACAGACGCUACAGAAACAAUAAGAUCGUACAAAACAAGUAAAAUUAUAGGACAGUAUAUUAUAGCUAAUAUGUCCAAAGACUGCAACUGUGCAAUAUAGCAGAACAAUAUAUAGGAUAGUUGUAAAAACUAUAUAUAAGUUGUAUAUAAAAUUAUAAAGGAAAAGUUUAUUUAAACCUUUGGGUUUAGAUGAAUUUAUCUAAAUCUGGGGUGGGGUGAUGUGCUCAGGGUUUCUCAGUUCUGAUUAUAAGAGUAUAUUAGUUGACAGUGUCACAAUAUAAGCUGCUACAGAACUGAAGCAAAAGCUGCUGUUUAACUUUGUUUCUGUGAGUAUAAACAUGUGUUUCAUAGUUUAUUUAAUGUACUUCGUUUUAAUAAUGUAUCUAUUCAGAAAAAUAUGGCAAAGUAUUAGUCUCCAGUAUACAAACAAUAAGUCGGUAUCAGUCUAGAAUAAUUUGCUUUGUAUGGUGUAUAUAUAGUUAUGGUAUAAAUAGUCUAUGUUGUGAUGAGUGUUAUUAAUUUAAUUCUCAGUGGGUCAUAUUCUGACAAGCUAAGGCUGAGCUCUUAAAAAUACUGUAAGCUAGUGAAAGCAUCAGGAAGUGUGCAUAAAUAUUUAAGGAAUAUGGCCCGCUGUGAAUCAGUAAUGCAUGUCAUGUAUGUAUGUAUGUAUGUAUGUAUGUAUGUAAUUUUGUGCAAUUGUGUACUUCCAGUGCAAUAAUAUUAGCAGGGAUUUAAAUUUCCAGUGCAAUAGUAACUUUAAGAUAAGAUAAAUAGUUUAAUUUAAGCAGGAGUUACAAAGGGAUUAGCCUUUUUUUAAAGGUCCAGUCAACAUUGUGACAAUAUGCUUGAAUUUUUCUGAAAGGUGUAACAAAAGUAUAGCUAUAGAUGUGUUCAAAUAAAAAAAGGCCUAUUGUGUAUAUAUAGGUAAAGAAUAUGUUUCUAUAUUGUAAAUUUCAAUAUUCUAUAUGGGACAGUUGAGGAAGAAAUUAAAAAUUCAAAAAUAUAAAAAAGUUAUCAUGGUUUAACCCAUUGAAAAUCUAUUUUAGCACUUAGCACAACUAAUUCAGAUUAUAUAACAGUACACGCUUAAGCCAGCCAAUCAUGUUACACUAGAUUGUAAAGAGAAUAUUACUUCUACAUAUGCAGUGAAAUAAUAGCCUUAUCUCAAGUAUAUUAACAUGGUGAGUCCUUCAUGUACUGUGGCCUCGAAAUGGAAUAAAAAUGUGUAUGGGCAAUAUUUAAAAGAAACUAUGUGAAAUCUAAAACAGAAUGUAUUGUCAAACUGAUGGUGAAGUGGUUGAAACUGUGAUGUUAUUUCAAAUAUUUAUUUUUCUAGGUUUUGUUUUCAAAAGAUAGAUGGUCUAUUUAUUAAAAUCGCUGUAUUGUAAUUAUGCCAUAAAAUUACUAACAAAAAUUA